UCAGCACACGCUCUUUCACGUUGCAUCUAUUUUUCGAAAUUCACAGAAUUCUAAAAACACUUUGUUUCAUUUACAUACUGCGUGUGCUGGAAGGCUGUCAAAGAUGAGUCGAACCAAGUUUUUGGUGUUUGGGUUUAUUGCUUUUUCUUUUCUAUUAUGUUCUGUAAAAGCAGAAGAAUCUGAAACAGAACCUCCUAAAGUUGACGAGGAUGUUGGAAAGAGUAGGGAUGGGUCUAAAACUGACGAUGAAGUUGUACAAAGGGAGGAAGAAGCGAUCAAUAUUGAUGGCCUCAGUGUUGCUGAAAUGAAGCAACUUAGGGAAUCUGCUGAGAAGCAUGCAUUCCAAGCUGAAGUCAGCCGCAUGAUGAAACUUAUUAUCAAUUCUCUCUACAAAAACAAGGAGAUCUUCUUGAGGGAGUUGAUAUCAAAUUCUUCUGAUGCUUUGGACAAGAUCAGGUUCUUAUCUUUGACAGACACUUCUGCACUUGCUGCAACUGACGAGUUAAGCAUAAAAAUUAAGGCUGAUAAAGACAAUCAUGUCUUACACAUCACUGACACUGGUAUAGGAAUGACAAAAGAUGAUUUAGUUAAACAGCUUGGGACAAUUGCGAAAUCUGGAACCAGUGAAUUUUUCCAAAAGAUACAAGAAGCAGGUUCAAGCGAUCAAGCUAGUGAUUUGAUUGGUCAAUUUGGUGUUGGAUUUUACUCUGCAUUUUUGGUUGCAGAUCGUGUUGUUGUCACUUCAAAACAUAACGAUGAUAAGCAACACAUCUGGGAAUCAGAUUCAGAACAGUUCACUAUUUCGGAAGAUCCUAGAGGUGACACACUCAAACGUGGAACUCAAAUUAGCCUGCAUUUGAAAGAGGAAGCACGUGACUUUUUGGAACCAAAUACUUUGGAAGAUUUGAUAAAGAAAUAUUCUCAGUUCAUCAACUUUAAUAUUUACUUGUGGAAAUCUAAGACUGAGGAGGUUGAAGAGCCAAUUGAGGAGACUGAGGAGGAAAAGAAAGCAGAAGAAGAUAAAAAAGAUGAGGACAAAAAAGAUGAGGAUGAGGAUGCUAAAGUUGAAGAGGACAAAGAAGAAGACAAAAAGCCAAAAACUAAGAAAGUUGAAAAAACAAUCUGGGAUUGGGAAAUCAUGAAUGGUGCCAAACCAAUUUGGUUGAGAAACCAUAAAGAAGUUUCUGAUGAGGAAUAUGCAGAGUUCUACAAAGCAAUUGCAAAGGAAUCCGAUGAACCAUUAGCCAAAACUCACUUUGUUGCUGAAGGUGAAGUAACAUUUAAAUCAAUUUUGUUUGUACCAAAAACCUCACCACAAGAUAUGUUCUCAGAUUAUGGAAAACGACGUGAAAACAUUAAAUUGUAUGUUCGAAGAGUUUUCAUCACUGAUGACUUCCAAGACAUGAUGCCCAAGUACUUGUCCUUUAUCAAGGGAAUUGUUGAUUCUGAUGAUUUGCCAUUAAAUGUUUCUCGUGAACAAUUGCAACAACAUAAACUGUUGAAAGUCAUCCGAAAGAAGUUGGUACGUAAAGCCCUCGACAUGAUUAAAAAGAUCAGCGAUGAUGAUUACAUUGAGAAAUUCUGGAAGGAGUACAGCACGAACAUCAAACUUGGUGUUAUGGAAGAUCAUUCUAACAGAACACGUUUAGCUAAAUUGCUAAGAUUUAGAUCUUCAAAUGAUCCAGAAAAACUCACUUCCCUUGCUGACUAUGUUUCACGCAUGAAGGAUAAACAAGAAACAAUCUUUUUCAUGGCGGGUAGCAGUCUUGAUGAAGUUAAGAACUCUCCAUUUGUUGAAAGAUUAUUAAAAAAAGGUUAUGAAGUUUUGUAUCUGAUUGAGCCAGUUGAUGAAUACUGUAUUCAAAGUUUACCAGAAUUUGAUGGCAAAAAGUUCCAAAAUGUGGCAAAGGAAGGAUUGAAACUUGGUGAUGAAGCAAAAGAAAAAGCCAAGGUUGAAGAACUAGAGAAAGAAUACGAGCCACUUUUAAAGUGGCUUAAGGAAACAGCAUUAAAAGACAUGAUUGAGAAAGCAUCGGUCUCCCAGCGUUUGACAGAAUCUCCAAUGGCUUUGGUAGCUAACUCGUAUGGUUGGUCUGGCAAUAUGGAAAAGAUCAUGAAUUCACAAGCAUAUGCUAAAGCAAAAGACCCAACUGCAAAUUUCUAUGCUACACAAAAGAAAACAUUGGAGAUAAAUGUUUACCAUCCCUUAAUCAAAGAAUUACAGAAGCGUGUAACUGCAGACAAAGACGACAAAUCAGCUAGUGAUCUUGCUCGUGUCAUGUUUGAAACCGCAACAUUACGCUCAGGAUACACAAUCAAAGAUUCUGUUGACUUUGCACAACGUAUUGAACGCAUGUUAAAGUUAAGCAUGAACGUUGAUGUGGAUGCCAAAGUUGAACUACCAGACGAAGAUGAAGAGACUGCAGAAGAGGAAGAAGCAACUGAGGAGGUAAAGGCUGAUGAGGAGGAGACACCAGAGGUGCCUGAUGAUGCCAAGAAACCUGAACCUGUUGACGCUACGACAGAAUCCACCGAAGAUGUUGUUGAGGAGGAGUCUAAGGAAGCACCAGCGGAAGCUCACACUGAGCUUUAAUUGGCUUUUAAAAAUACAAUAGGCGAUUUUUUACAAUUUUAUAACUCAGGAUCUUUCUUGAUCUUUGACAAUCAUUAAAGUUUUUGUUCAGUUCGUCACCUAUACAUAGUCUUGUGCGCACCAUUGCUAGUUCCUUGUGUUUCUUGUCUGUUUCCAUGUUCAUGUUGUAGUAAAUUAUUAAAGAACGGCAGCGAAGAAAAAGCAAACGCAGUCUUGUAAAAACUGAAAUAUCAAUUUAUAAAAAUAUUAAAUUUAAA